CGGUGCAACAUCAUCCAGGGCCGCUGGAGUUCGCGGGAAACCGGCUCUGCUCGGGCUUAAAGGGUAACUGGGUUCGAGUAUUUAAUAAUUGGUUCUAACUAGAUCAAUAUACUAAAAAAAUCAGCGUUUUAUAUGGUUAAUACCGGAGCAGAGACGCACGUAAAUAUCGUUGCCAUUGUCACUGCUGACUGCUACGCUAACACCUAACGCUAGUUAGCGAAGUGGGUAGUCACAUUAGAGCACUGUGUUCCAUGCUACUGAACUGCUGACAGGAAAGACAAAGGGCUGCCGCUGUCAGGCACCAGAAAGACUGUUAAAAUGAGUUUGUUCAAUUUAGACCGUUUUCGUUUUGACAAGAAGCCAACGACGUCAACGAACCAACCACUGGAUAGCGGCUCUAAAAGUCCCGAGUCUGAGAAGGAGAACAAGCCAGGCAAGAUGAAAACUAACACAGUCCCACCAAAAUCCAGCCCCCGAGGAGUGGUUUUUGAAGAUGUCAUUGCUAUCAAUUUAGAGGAGGAUGAACUUCUGGCUGAUCCAAACACCAAAAUAACAUUAACAAAGAAAUCUAUGAAUGCUGAUGGAAAGUCAUCCAUAAAUAUAGUAACAGAUCAUUCAAAUGGUGAGAAUAGUGAACUGGAAAAGAACACGGACAGAUUAUUGGAGAUGUUCCCCCAGAGGACGAGGAGUGAACUCCAAGAUGUCAUCAGGAGCACAAGCACGUUGGAUGAGGCUGUAUCUGCCUGUCUACAAACAUUUGGUGAUGAAGAAGACCAAGGCAAGAAGAGAAAGCAAGAUGAUUCAAGUAGUUCUCAGGAGGACUAUGAGAUUCAGGCCAGCAAGAGGAGGAGAGCAUCAGUGCAGGUUACAUAUGAUGAGGGGAAAGAACCACAAUGGGAGAAACAGGAGGCAAUGGUCAGAAGACUGCAGAAAAAGUUUCCAGACCAGGACAAGGAGGAGCUGAGAAUGGUCCUGCAAGAACACGACUGGAACGUUGAGGAAUCCCUUCAGGUUCUGCAAAUGUUCUCAGACCCAGAUGACAGCUUCAGCUCACGUGAUUCAGAGGAAAAGAAAUCCACUAAAGUGAAGAGUAAAGACAAGUCGAGCAGGGGCCACAAAGACAAAGAGGACAACAAACGUCAUAGGGAUGAGCACCAGGACAUAAGUGAAUCAGAUGGCAACGACACAGAUGCCACAAAGGACAGUGAGGAUGAAGACUCAGACUUGGAUGAAAGCACACAGACCCAAAACAAAAGUAGCACUUCAACUCUCUCCACAUGGCUUGAGAAAGGAUAUAAGUCAAUAACCUCAUCCUCCUCUUUCAAAAAAACAACUACCUCUUCCUAUGUGAAGCCGUCCUCCUCUGCCUCAUCCUCUGCUGCCCAGAUGCUCUCCAGAUUUGCUAGCGGGACCAGUAUUGCUAAGAAGCAGGCGGUAGAGAGAAAGAAGGCUGCACGGGCUUCUGAGGAACAUGUCAGCUCCGAAGAGGAAAACGCUGAUGAAGAAGACAUGGUCAGCAGUGAGUUUGAGGAGUCAGACGACGAGCUGGACACCAAAGGCGGCAUGACAGAUUUGAAGAAAGAGAUCCUCGCAUUCUUCCAGGACGCUUCGAUAGACGAGCUGUCGCUGAUCGCUGGAUGCUCUGUUAAAAAAGCCCAGAAGAUUGUGGAACUAAGACCUUUCAAUACCUGGGACAGCCUGAUCGAUGUCUUUCAUAAGGACAACGGACUUUCAGAGGAUUUGCUGUUAGGCUGCAGAGUCGUCCUCAAGGAGCGAAAAGUCGUCCGCGGUCUCAUGUCCAAAUGUGAGACCAUUUCCUUCAAAAUGGUCAAACAGGUCACCGAGGUGAUGGAGAGGGACACAGUGAAACAGCCCAGUCUAAUCAACAGCCAGUUUCAGUUAAAACCCUAUCAGUUGAUUGGUCUGAAGUGGCUUCUUCUACUGCAUGACCACAAUCUGAGUGGUAUCCUCGCCGAUGAAAUGGGUUUGGGGAAAACUAUCCAGGCGAUUGCAUUUCUAGCCCAGCUGUAUGAGGAUGGAAUAGAAGGACCUCACCUCAUCACUGUGCCUGCCUCCACACUAGAUAACUGGGUGCGAGAGCUGAAGAUGUGGUGUCCAAGUCUCAAUGUUUUAGUUUAUUAUGGAUCUGUGGAGGACCGCCGCUACCUCAGACAUGAUAUUCUCAGUGAAGCUGUUGAUUACAAUGUCAUUGUGACUACGUACAAUUUGGCCAUAGGUAAUGAAAGUGACCGGAGCCUUUUCCGUAAGCUGCGUCUCAACUACGCUAUAUUUGAUGAAGGACACAUGUUGAAGAACAUGAACUCUCUGCGAUACCGCCACCUCAUGGCUAUUAAUGCAGAGCAUCGUUUACUGCUGACCGGAACGCCUUUGCAGAACAACCUGUUAGAGCUCAUGUCCCUCCUCAACUUUAUCAUGCCUUCGAUGUUCUCCAGCUCCACGACGCAGCUCUCUAAAAUGUUUUCUAUGAAAUCCUAUGAAGAGCAGAGCCGCUUUGAGAGGGAUCGUAUUUCUCAGGCCAAACUCAUCAUGAAACCUUUCAUCCUCCGGAGAGUCAAGAGUGAAGUUCUGCAGCAGCUCCCAGUAAAAGAAGAGAGGAUCGAGUUCUGCGCUAUGAGCGAGAAACAACAGAAUCUGUACCAGACCCUCUUUAAAAAACUCAAAGCUUCCACCAGCGGAGAAAAGCGUGAGUUGUGUAACGUGAUGAUGCAGUUGAGGAAGAUGGCCAACCACCCUCUGCUUCAUCGACAGUACUACACCACCGACAAGCUCAAAGCCAUGAGCAAACUCAUGCUCAAGGAACCAACUCAUUUUGAUGCUGAUGCAGCUUUGAUCCAGGAGGACAUGGAGGUGAUGUCAGACUUUGAGCUGCAUCGUCUUUGCCAACAGUACACCUCCAUCAGCUCCUACCAACUUGAAACCAAUCUCGUGCUGGACUCGGGGAAGUUUCACCAUCUCACAGAGCUCCUGGCUUCACUUAAGGACAAGGGAGACCGUGUGGUGUUAUUCAGCCAGUUCACCAUGAUGCUGGACAUUGUGGAAGUACUGAUGAGACAUCUUAAGCAUCGUUACGUCAGACUGGACGGAUCCACACCCAUAGCAGACAGGAUUGUGUUGAUUGACGAGUACAACACGGACCCUGACAUAUUUGUGUUCCUGUUGUCAACGCGUGCUGGAGGCCUGGGUAUUAACCUCACCUCGGCCAACGUUGUCAUCCUGCAUGACAUCGACUGUAAUCCCUACAACGACAAGCAGGCGGAGGACAGAUGUCACCGAGUAGGCCAGACCAGGACUGUGCAGGUGAUCAAACUCAUCAGUAAGGACAGCAUCGAGGACUGCAUUCUACAGCUGGGCCAGAAGAAACUCAAACUGGAGCAGGACAUGACUACUGCUGAAGAGAGUGGCGAGGGGUCCAUACCUGAAGACAUGGCAUCUAUACUGAAAGCCUCGCUGGGACUGUGAUACACAAACACUCCAGACUUGAGACUCUACACAAAUAUUUCUGAAGUCAUUCCUGUGAUUCUGGGCAGACUUCAGUGUUCGCAGUGAAUGCACACUUUUGUGUCUACACUGGAAAAACACUGACAACUGUACGCUGCCAAGAAGAACUGAAGAAGAGCUGAUUUCCUGUGUAGCACGGUGGUGGUGCCUGAAACUUUCUACAAACACACAGGUUCUGCCCAUACUGAGACACCAGUAUACAGGUAAAAAAAAAAAAAAAAAAAGCUGACAAAUUAACAUUAUGCACUUCUCAUGUUAUAU